AGUGAAAGCUCAAACGAAAUUGCGCUUUACACGGAAGUUGGAAAGGUGGUUUUAGUUCGUGUUGAGUGGAUGGAAGGGAGCCGCGGAGCUUCCCGCCACGUGGUGGCUCGGCAACUUGCGUUUACGUUUAGUUCUUCGCAAACGUUGUGGGAGGCCAGUCCGCCGGCCGCAUGUAGCGUGGGACGCCAUGCGCUCCGCCGAAUGAGCGCGAAAACUGCGUUCGACUCACAUGUGAUUUUGACAGUUCAAAAGCCGGUUCGAUAAUUCACACCGCGCCCGAAAUGGGCCGCCUCUUGGAUGCGCUGUGAGAGUGUUUUGUUUUGAUAAGAUUUGCUGCGUUGUUUUUGUGUUAGCGAUGUGUGUGUAAACGGAGGCUUAUCUAGCUGGAUUCUGGGUUAAAGAUGAGGCUUAAUCCGGCUAUGGAGAUGUUUUGGUACCUGGUGUGUGCACUCGCUGCGCCGCUGUGCUCCGCGCGGGAUGACUUCUUCGGAUCCACCAGAUUCCCUAAUGAGGUUCCCGAAUACGACUUGCUCCAUGCGAUAGGAGUGCCGUUCAGUAACCCGAAGAUGCAGUACUUCGACGAGGGCCUCGACGGCUUCCCGGCUUACGGACUAAAGCCGGGUUCAGACAUCAAAUCGCCGUACCGACUGUUUAUGCCCGAAAAGCUUUACGCGGAGUUCUCUCUAACAGCCACCGUGCGACCGGCGAACAAAGAUGGCGGCUUUCUUUUCUCUGUCGUCAACCCUUUGGAGACAGUUGUGCAGCUAGGUGUGCAACUGAUCCCGUCUGGGCCGGGGUUGACUAAUAUAUCGUUACUGUAUACGGAUGCAAAUAUCUACGCGUUGUCGCAAACGAUUGCUUCGUUCGUGGUCCCUUCGUUCGCGAGGAAGUGGAGCCGGUUUGCUUUGAGGGUGACGUCUGACAAUGUGACGUUGUUUCUGAACUGUCACGAGUUCGACACGGUGACUGUUAGACGGAACCCGGCGGAGCUGGUGUUUGAUUCUGCAUCCACCCUGUAUGUGGGGCAGGCCGGGCCACUGAUCCGGGGCGCUUUCCAUGGUGCGUUUCAAGAACUGAAGCUGUAUGGGUCCCCUUCUCAGGCUGAAGUGCAGUGUAUCAACAAUUUUGAGGAAAUGGGUAAAGGCAGUGGCAGCGACGAAAUUGACAUCGACAAUUUUUUGGUGGACCAAGAAGACGGCGAUGUGGAGGGGUCGGGGCGCUUCGAGAGCAUCCCGCCGUUCCCGCCCCCGCCACCAGGGAUGGACGGGUACCCGCUACGACUUCGAGGAGAGAAGGGUGAUAGAGGACCUCGGGGCCUCCCGGGUGAGUCAAUCAGGGGUCCCCCGGGUCCGCCGGGGCCGCCCGGACCGCCCGGCCCGCCUGGCAGCACUGCCAUUGCCGAGGUUGGAUCCGGAGAUGAUAAAAAUUCAGUAAAGCAAAUCUUCGGCGAGAACUACGCAUCGCUCGGCACUUGCGGCUGCAACACGUCCACGCUGCUGUCGCUGCUGCAGACUGCCCCGGAGCUGCGCGGGCCGCCCGGACCGGUGGGCGCUGACGGCCGCACCGGGCCGCCGGGGAUCACUGGUCAACCAGGCAUGCCAGGUGACAGAGGGCCGGCCGGGCCGCGCGGGGACAAAGGCGACCGCGGUGACUCCGGGCCAAGAGGACCGGAGGGUCAACCCGGGUCCAAGGGGGAACCGGGUGUAGAUGGUAGACCCGGUGGGGUUGGGCCACCCGGACCGCCGGGCCCACCAGGGUCAUCGGAGUAUAGCAAUUUUGAUUCAAAUUGGAAACCUAGACAAAUAUACAAGGAGUCCUUGAUGAGUUCGUACGGCGGUUCAAUCGGACGACCCGGAGCGCCCGGGCCGAAGGGGGACGCGGGGCAGACCGGGCCGAUGGGGCCCCACGGCGAGCGCGGCUUCCCGGGACAGAAGGGCGAGAGGGGGCAAGCAGGGAUUGCAGGGGCAAAAGGGGAGCGGGGUUAUCCGGGACCACAAGGGGAAAGAGGACUAAAAGGGGACCGAGGCUCAUCCGGGCUGGACGGUCGACCGGGGCUGCCCGGGGCCAAUGGGAGACCAGCAGAGAAGGGGGAGAAAGGGGAGCGAGGUGUGCCGGGCCCUCCGGGGCCGCCGCUACUACCCACAGGCGGAGUCUUCAGCUCGGAUGACCCUGAAUUCUUGGCUACUGCUGGAAAUCGUGCAGUAAACCUCAUCCCAGAAAAGGGAGAUAAGGGUGAAAAGGGUAACCGUGGCAACGACGGUCCACCCGGUUUCCCGGGUAAAGACGGUGCGGCGGGGGAGCGCGGGGACAUCGGUCCCUCCGGCAUGCCCGGGUCAUCCGGACCGGCCGGGCCGCCCGGGCUGAAGGGGGAAAGGGGAGAACGUGGACCACCCGGCCCCAUCAGUAUUACAUCCUCGGGAGCGGAUAUCAUUACUAUUAAGGGUGAGAAGGGCGACCCCGGGUUCCGCGGCCGGCGCGGGCGGCCGGGCGCGCGCGGCCUGCAGGGGCUGCCCGGGCCGCCCGGGCCGCCGGGCGUCAAGGGGGACGUUGGGCCGUCCGGGUGGAUGAACAAUAAGGGUCGACCGGGUACGCUGGGGCCUCCAGGAGCACCCGGGCCAGUUGGAGCCAAAGGGGACAAAGGAGAGCCAGGAGUCAACGUUUUGGACGUCUCUAUGUUCAAAGGCGAAAAAGGUGACCGCGGCUGUGACGGAACCCCCGGGAUCCAGGGUCCAGUUGGCCCGCCGGGACCGCCCGCACCGAGGCCAGACGUGGGUCAGUUUGUGCCAGGCCCCCCCGGACCUCCCGGCCCCCCUGGCCCACCUGGCCCACCAGGGGUCUCUAUUGUGGGCCCUAAGGGUGAGCCUGGAGUCAGCGCGUUUGAAGAGUAUCCAGUACACGGGAGCACCAAGUACUUUGGCAGACCAGCUUCUAAAAGCUCUAUCGACGAGCUUAAGGCUGAGCUAAAAGAUCUUGACCACAAAGGCAAAGGUCGUGGAAGUCUUCAUCCAUCCCACGCCGCGCCGCCCCGUGUUGAAGACUCCAGCAAACAAGCAGCCAUGCCUGCUGCCAUGAUCUACCAGACCACUAAACAAAUGAUGGAGAUGACUGCUGAAAGUCCGGUGGGAGCUCUGGCGUAUGUGAUAGAGGAACAAGCUCUUCUAGUCAAAGUGAACACUGGCUGGCAGUAUGUACUGCUAGGGUCCCUGGUGACCAAGUCCUCGCUGUCCACCACCACGCCUCCGCCGAAGCCCUCACUACCGGCAGAGAACCUCGUCCACGAGGCUUCCGACUCCAACAUGGUGGAUAGCGACGCUUCUACUGGGUACACAGGACCUUCGAUCCGGCUGGCCGCCCUCAACGACCCUCUCCCCGGGAACAUGAACGGAGUCAGACGAGCCGACUACGCGUGUUACCGACAGGCACGGAGGUCCGGCCUCAGAGGGACCUUCCGGGCUUUCCUGACUAGCAGAUUACAAACCCUAGACUCCACAGUGAGGUUCUCGGACCGUCAGCUGCCGGUCACUAAUCUGCGCGGGGAUAUCCUCUUCAAAAGUUUCUCGGAAAUGUUUGAUGGCUCGGGAGGAGUCAUGGCCGGCUCGCCGAGGAUUUACAGCUUCAGCGGGAAGAAUAUCAUGAAUGACAUGCAUUGGUCGCACAAGGUGAUCUGGCACGGGUCGCACGCCAGCGGCGAGCGCGCCAUGGACUCGUACUGUGACGAGUGGCAGACCAACGACCCUGGGAAGAGAGGGAUGGCGGCCUCUCUACACUCACACAAACUACUGUCUCAGGAGAAAUAUGCCUGCAACAACCAUUUUGCGGUUCUAUGCAUCGAGGCCACUUCCAACUUCAAUGGGCGGAGAAAGAGAGAGACGACUCGGUUCAAUUCAACAUCUUUAAUCGACGACGAAUCCUACUUAUACAACGCUGAAGAGUAUCAACAACUCCUUAACGAGAUAUUUGCUCAACCGUUCAGAGAGAAUCAAUAAACCUAUAGACCUACUCUAGUAAAAUCACUCAAAUGUAAUAAAAAAUGAGAUUAUUUUCGUUGGCAGCCAUUAUUGUUUUAGCGAAGUUCUGUGGUAUGGUCAUAGCUUGUGUUCACCCGCCACCGCAUACGAGUCAUUAUAAUUGUAGUUUUUUUUACAGUACCGUCAUAGAUAGAUGAACUUAUUUACAAGUCAUGUGUUUUCAUAAGAUUAUCAUUUCCCUUUGCAUUAUUCAUAUUCAUACAUAUAAUCGAGCGCCAUUAUAAAGUUCUAAGAGACCUUAUUGGAUGACUUGUGAGGUACUUACAUAAUAGAUUAAAAGUACUUAGGUAUAUUUUGUCUAAAUCAAUGGCAUCAUCUUUGACAUCCUCAAUCGAUUCCUAUUAAAAUGUUAAGCGGUUAGGAGUAAUUUUGUAUGUACUUUUAUUAGCCAUAACUACCUACUGAAGUACUAAUCCCCAUAUGACUUAAAAUACAAAACUAUAACACCAAUUAUUAUAGGUAUAAAUACAGCAGUAAAGUAUGAGAAGAAUCAUCACUGAGAUUUCUUAGAUGCCAUUUAAAGUUAAAAAAAACUGCUUAACUUUUGUAUAACUUAUUUAUACUGAGUAUUUAAGACUGUACAUAACUGUAUUUUAUUUAAGUAGUAACCUACUUAGUUAAUUUAAGAUUUCUGGGUAUUAUAUUAUUUGAUACUUUGAAAAUUUUAUUUUUUAAAACAAACA